ACACGCGCACACCUCUUGGCGUCUUUUGCCCGUGCGCAGUUCGAGCGGGAUUCCUCCUGAUUGGCACUGGCCAUUGUGCCUGGCUGCCAUGUUUUGUUAAACUGUGGGGUGUGUUGAAGAAAUUACACGUUUUAACAUCAACCCCGUACUCUAAGGUUCACCACAAUGGGGGGUACAAGAACUCAAGUGCAGUGAAUCAACGAACGAACAAAUCAGUUAUUAUUUUUGAUGUUAGCUUGGUUUGCAUUAUUUUUUGAUUUCGUUAUGGAUUCCAUCGUCGCCGUUUUAUAAAUUUACGAUGCGUUACGAAAAGCGGUCGCAAGUUAUUGUACGCCCCCAGGAAAUCGAGACGCAUACCUCACGUGAACCACUCAACUGCUGCAUGGCUGAUCAUCAUUACUAUUUUUUAUAAACAUAUUAUGAAGUAUCCGCAACUAGUGUCCAUGCCCUCGGCGGUUUCUGAUUGGCUAGAGGAACAGUUGGAAGCUCGUGGAAUAGAUGCUGUAGUAUACACUCGUUACAUACUUAGUCUUUUACACAGCGAUACUGUAGAUGUCAUUUACUCAGAUGAAGAUCUACAUUUCACUCACUUGAAAAAGGAAGUGAGACGUCCGGGUGGAAGUCGUAAGCGUUUUCGUCGCUCGUCCGAUUGGUGGAAAUGUGCGCAAGCCGACGCCGAAAAGCUCAAACGUUCAGCAGCGAUCGAAUGUCUAAUGUCCGCAUCUGAACAGACUUGCGGAAUUGAGUCAUUAAUCGACGAGUUAUGCGACAAAUUGAACGAAAUCAAGAGUGACGACGACGAGCAUCACGUCGAUCCUCCCGUCAAGAAACCAGAGCUCCAGCAAGUUUCCCCCCAAGAGUUGGCCAAACGCUAUUACGCCGCUUUUCCUCCACUCAAUCGUAACACGACCCCCACCUUGAUACCCAAGUGGAUACCGUCUCCGAAGAAGAAACCCAAACACAGCGAAAUGAAGGCGAGCAGAACGGCCGGAAAGCAGCGCUUUGGCGCCUACAUCACCAGUCGCAAGAAGGAGAACAACGAGAAAAAACCCAAACCAUCGUGUGACGAAGUCAAUCUCUACGACGAUCUCCCGGUUGACAUCAAGGAGCUGCUCGACGAUUCCUCCCCGAAUUCGAACGUCGAAAUGAUGAAUCUGGCCAACAUGCGGGAUACGGGACGUCGCGGUUUUAUUUCGUGUGGUACGAACAUCACGAGCUCGAUUUGGACGAACGAAGCUGCAAUGGAAGAGAAUUACGACUCAGUGCUUGAUUUGCAAUUCAGCUCAAUCACUAUCAACAAUUGGUUCGAUCUGCCGGCGCCAAGUGGGCGGUGGUCGGACGAUAGUGGUUGCUUCGAAGAUGAUUACUUGUACAACCAAUUCAGUCUGAGUUUAGUCAAGUUGAACCACGAUAAAGAAGUGAGUGCUUUCGCCGAAGUCGUACCGAAAAAUCGCCACAACCAGUACAACCCUUUUUCGAAAAUCAUCGGUUCGGGGAUUCACCGAGACAAAAAAAUCGAGCUGGAGAAGGAGGAGGAUUUGCUCACUUCAGUCCACAGUCACUUUCGGCCAAUUAACGAAAAAGUCGAAGGGGGGCAGUACGCAGAUGGCGCCACGUUCAUCGUUUCAAACACCUGGGACAAGAUCAACUACCGCCGCACCGAAAGUGGCAUGUAUAUGGAAAACGACUAUAGCAUGCGCAAAAAAUACUGCGAGUAUAACAAGAAAGGGACGAAUAUGGAUUUUGUUUUGAAAUAUCUCGUCUGUCAGAACGAUAAAAGCUGUCAAACGGAUGAUCUUGAUGCGGAAGUUGAAGCAAUCAAUCGGGAGACUUGCACUUGUCGCACGUUACUAAACGACUGUCGGGUGCAUCCCACUUGCGACAAGUGCAACAACAAUUCAUGGAACACGAAUCUUGGUUUAAAAACGGAUCUGCGGUGGCAGUUUGGGACCACUAAUAUUUGGAGCGGGGGCAGUGUGUGUCAUGAUUGUCUGGGGCGCCCCCCCUCCACCCUCCAACACAGCAAACUUCGCGAAGACGUCAGUCAGGAUGGCGACCAGUUAUUGUCCGAUUUGAGUACAAUUCACAAAACCUAUCAGCAGGAAAGUCUGCCGGUGACUGAAUUCACGUGCGACAUUGCUGAAUUUUUCCUCCCGAAAGAACGCAAACGCCGCCACUCGCUGAUGGCCCAGAUGGAGGAUUCGUGGAGUUUCGCCGAACGGCUGGAGGAGGAUUGUCUAAUACAGAUGUCUACAAUACCCACACUGCGUUCGGUCACUUUGUAAUUUCGGGGUAGGUCAAUUGGAAAUCUCUUGAUAACACACGGCUGAUCUAGUGGCUUGAGCCACCACAAAACGACAAACUGCCAUAUUAAUUUCAGUGCAGUGAGAAGCCCACAAGAUGGCUGAAUAGGUGACGCACGUGUGUUAUCGAUUAAAUCAAUUGUGUCGAAACCGGGCAAGACUUGUUAUGUUUUCGUUAAGUUUGAUUUGUUUUGGUCUUGCGCGGUUCGUUAUGUAGGGGAGAGUUCACAUUUUAGUUCAAUUUUCUAACCGAACCUACAUUAGCGAUUUUCAUUUUACUUGUUAUGUGUGCAAAAUUAAGAAAAAAGAAUGACAAAGCAUACUUUCCCGGAAGUUGAGAUUGAAAAAAUUAUUUUAUUUUUGCAAUUCCGGGCGUUUCCUUUCACUACUAUUGUAACCCAACAAUAUAGUUGAAGCUGUAUGUCUAUGUAUAAUGUUAGGGCAUUUUAGUAUAGCUCUUGAAGUGCAGCAAUGAACACCUGUAGUUGCUCGAGACGGCGCAUUUUGACCCUUGGUGCCAAAAUGUGCGGGUCUCCCCUAGUUGUAUUUUUCGAAAUAUGUAACUAUUAUAAAUAUUGGAAAUGGGUAUUACCAUUACUGGUUUAUAUUUAGUUUGUUUUUUUUUUUUUGUUUAAUCAUUUUUACAGGUUAGGGAGCGCGGCGCAAAUUUUUCAAUUUAGUCAUUCGGAGCCAAAGUCAGUAGUGUAUUAAUAAAUCCCGCCCCUCUCUAAUCGCGAUAUCAAUAAAUAAUGAAGGAAAAAAGAUAAAUCGUUAGGUAUCUGACGCGUUUUUCAACUGAGCGUCCGAUUUUGUUUUUUGAGAAAUACCAUCGCAUAUCGGAUACAAUUAUAUUUUUUGAAGUGCUUCGUUUCAAAAACUAGUGCGAGUGUGUGAAUGUGUCAGUUGAUCAAAAAAUAAUAAUUUUGUUGUGCUAAAAUGUAUAUUCAAUCGCACCUGAUUCAAUCGUUACAAAGCACAGCAAAGUCCCACCGUUAGUUACAGUCUUGCCAACUGAAAAGGUGCUGUUGAAUUUUAUUGUAUUUCCAUCAUUUUAUCGUAUGUUGUAAUUAAUAUUGCAAUAAUUUUAUAUAAACGUAUCGUUGUAACUCGUUCACUUGAUUCAGUUUUUUGUUUUGUUGUUUUCUUGUUUUGAUUUUAUGAUUAUACGUAAUAAAGUGAACUUGUUAUUUGAAAAAAAGUACACGUAACGGAGUAGUGCAGUAAUUAAAAUUGUGAUUUGUUUUAAUUAUUGUGAUGUCUCCGUUUGAUUUUGUUGCAUUUUGGUGAUUGGUGGCGCGAUUUCGGUAUUUAUUUUUUCAAAUUGACAAAUUGCCAAUCACUGGAUGCACCUCAGAUGUUAGUGUGUAGCAUAACCUUUUAUUUUAGUGCCUAUUAAAUCUAGUAUAAUUUGACCUUUUGCCUUAUCAAACGUUACAUGUAACCAUCUUUGUAUGUUGUUUACAUAGAAAUUUUCAUCAAUGUAACAUAUUCAAUUGACUCAAUUAUUAAGAAAUAAUGCAGUUUGUGGCUUAAUUCAUAGUUUUAUUAUUAUAAUAACGAAAGGUAAAAUCUAAAAAAAAUAUGAAAAAAUAAAAAUGUCAAAUAAUUUUUUGUUCCAUUCGAAUAGGUCAGUGUAUCAAUACUUAUGAAACUUAUCAAGGACAUAACUAAUAAUUCAUCGUCAUCAAAAUCAUAAAUUAACAAAAAAAUUACAAAAGUUGGGUAUUUGCUAGCGGUCUCCUAUUUUUUAAAGCAGCAAAACUAAAUUAAGUCUGGCAAUGAGUUUGACAAAACUUAAUAAAGCAAGUACAAAGCA